UGUCCGACUAAGGCCGGCGCGGGGAAGCGGGGUUGUGCUGCAGGAGGGGCUAGCUGCCGGGAAAGUAAUCAAACAACCAUUUCCCUGGGGAAGGGGAGUCCUGAGUCUUGUAUCCGGGCGUCAGUCACCUUUUCCCUGAAUCUUCCGCUCUCUGCCUUAACUUUGGGGUGUGGUGGGCGUUAGUGACGGGCGUUUACCCGGAAUCUGGGCGUGGAGGAGGUUUGUGGUAACGAUGGGGUUAUAAUUCUCCUCGCGGCCAGUGGGGGAAUAAGACAGAUGUCUAUAAUCCGGAUUAUCCGCGGUGAGUAGGGGCCUCCUCUACUGCCCAUUUAAAUUAAAGGCCUGUUCCCACAAACUACCUCCCCCUUCCUCCCACCUUCCUUGGCCAUCUCUCUGCCAGUUAAGCCCAGCUGUGGUGAGGGUCAAGCCCCUCAGUUUCCUUGUAAGGUUGAAAGUCUGAGUGUGCAAAACUCUGGAAAAGUGGGUCUGAGUGAUAGGGGGCGGGAUUUUGUAAAUUGCUUCAUUGUGAGUGUGGGGUGAAUCUCAGAUCGAUAUAAUGUCAGGGAAACGGAAGCGUGUGGUGUUGACUAUUAAAGAUAAGCUUGAUAUAAUAAAGAAACUUGAAGACGGAGGUUCUUCCAAACAACUGGCAGUGAUUUAUGGAAUUGGUGAAACGACAGUUCGGGAUAUUAAAAAAAAUAAGGAAAAAAUUAUAACAUAUGCAAGCAGUUCUGAUUCCACAAGUCUUCUGGCCAAAAGGAAAUCUAUGAAGCCAUCCAUGUAUGAGGAACUUGACAGAGCAAUGCUAGAGUGGUUCAACCAGCAAAGAGCAAAAGGGAAUCCUAUAUCUGGACCAAUUUGUGCAAAAAGAGCAGAGUUCUUCUUUUAUGCUUUGGGAAUGGAUGGUGAUUUUAACCCCUCUGCUGGCUGGCUAACUCGUUUUAAGCAGAGGCACAGCAUUAGAGAGAUUAACAUUAGAAAUGAAAGGUUAAAAGGAGAUGAGACUGCUGUGGAAGAAUUUUGUAACAACUUUCGAGACUUCAUUGAACGGGAGAAAUUGGAUCCUGAACAAAUCUACAAUGCAGAUGAAACUGGACUGUUUUGGAAGUGCCUACCUUCCCGAACUUCGGUAGUAAACAAAGGUAAAUGCACUGCUUCCAGGCACAAGUCAGUUGAAGAAAGAGUCACUAUCAUGUGUUGUGCCAAUGCAACAGGUUUACACAAACUUAAACUUUGUGUUGUGGGGAAAGCAAAGAAACCUCGUUCAUUCAAGUCAACUGACACCUCAAACCUGCCGGUCUCUUAUUUCAGCCAAAAAGGUGCAUGGAUGGAUCUUUCCAUUUUCCGGCAAUGGUUUGAUAAGAUCUUUGUGCCACAAGUUCGCGAGUACUUAAGAUCCAAAGGCCUGCAGGAAAAGGCUGUGCUCUUGUUGGAUAAUUCACCAACGCAUCCAAAUGAAAAUGUCCUGAGGUCAGAUGAUGGCCAAAUAUUUGCAAAAUAUUUACCACCGAAUGUGGCUUCAUUGAUUCAGCCCUCAGAUCAGGGAGUCAUAUCCACAAUGAAGAGAAACUAUCGUGCAGGCCUUCUCCAGAGCAACUUGGAAGAAGGUAAUGACUUGAAAUCAUUUUGGAAGAAGCUAACUCUACUUGAUGCGCUUUAUGAAAUAGCAAUGGCAUGGAACUUAGUAAAGCCAGUUACCAUAAACAGAGCAUGGAAGAAGAUUUUCCCCACCAUAGAGGAGAAGGAAGGCUUGGACUUUGAUGAAGAGGAUAUCUCAGUAGCCACUGUGGCCACCAUUUUACAGCACACCAAAGGUUUGGAAAAUGUGACUGCUGAGAACAUUGAAAGAUGGCUUGAAGUGGAUAGCACUGAACCAGGAUAUGAAGUGUUAACUGACAGUGAAAUCAUCAGAAGAGCACAAGGCCAGACAGAUGAAUCCAGUGAAAAUGAGGAGGAAGAAAUAGAACUGAUCCCAGAGAAACAUAUUAAUCAUGCAGCUGCUCUCCAAUGGACUGAAAAUUUAUUGGAUUAUUUAGAACAACAAGGUGACAUGAUUCUGCCUGAUAGACUAGUAAUACGUAAACUUCGAGCCACCAUCAGAAAUAAACAGAAGAUGACCAACUCAAGUCAAUAAUAACAUUUCAAUUUUAUUGUUUUGGUAAUUGUGUCUGUGGCUCUUAUCCUCUUUGCGUUAUGGGUUAAUUUUCUUUGUGUUCUGAAUUCUCAGACACAGUCUUGUGAAAUGCAAGUAUGAAAAUUUCUGUAAGUGGCUUAAAGAUUGUGUUUUUUAUCAUCUAUUUCUUGUCCUUCCAUGCAGAUAAUCAGAAGCUGAUUCUGUGUAGAUAUAAAUUACAGGUACACAUUUAUUCACUUUUGUACAUCUACCGUUAUCCCUUCCAUAACAGUGGCAUACCCUACAUUUUCUAGCAAAAAUUAGAUAACAGUGAACAACCGACUGAGAACUUUCCCCAUGUCUUUUGCUUGAUUUAUAAGGGCUGCUACAGUAAUCUUUUCUGUUCUAACCAUCUUGAAUGGUCGAAUCUUUUGUGUAUCUGAAUAAGCUGACAGGAUGAGAAAGAUCUAUAUUGUCAGAAUUGAUGGUGAUCUAUUAUAAUUCAAAGCAAAGUCCAGUAAUAAGGGGGAAGCAAUGAUACAUGAAUUAUAAAAAAACUUAGAAGUCAUACUUCUGUUACCUUAUAUUUGUGUAGGUGGCAAGAGGGGGAUAUUAUUAUUCUGGAAAUGAAGUAAAUAUAAGAAGUGAUUGCUAAAUUAGUGAGAGAAAUUAUUGGAAACCUGAAACAUAAAAGGUAUUCUGAUCAAUCCAUUUGUAUGUAACUGGGAACUGAGACUUUUGAGAAUUUAGAUUAUUUAUAUACAGGGAAUAAAUAGGCUUGUUUUAAUUGGGCCUAUUAUUUUAUGAAUUGGGUAACUAUAGAUUUAAUAUUUAUUCAUCUAAUUAUAGUACAUGUUUUGUAAUGUUGGGUGAUGAUAGGAGCUCACACCUUAUAUUUGGGGUACUAACAAUCACUGGAAUUUGAAAGUUACUGUUUUUUUUCUGAGUUCUUGGAAAUGUCAUUCAUAAUUUGUUUGAAAAAUUUUGUCAUACCUGGCCCUUCUAUUGAUAUGAAUAGAAGGAAUGAAAGGAAUAAAGUUUUUAUUUUAAAUAA